ACAAAGCUCGUGCGGCUUUGUACGCGAGACACGCGCGAACACUAAUUUUGAAAGAAACAAAAUCUCGUUAAGGUUUUCGUGAAUCGUGAUGCCGUUGUACUUCUGAUUAGCUCGAAUAAACACUGAUUUGUUUUCCUGGUGAAUGGGUGCGUUGGAGGGCAGGAUGCGUGCAGGUCUGUGGAUAGUCAUUACCGCGGCGUGUGCACUCGCUGAUAACCAGAACAGGCGAACAAAACUGCCGUACGUAGCGGAUGCCGUUGGCAACAGUCUACCACCGCCGUCUAAUGCUCCAGCAACUGUUGGAAGCCCAGUUACUCUUCUUACUCCAGAUAGAUAUGAGUUUUAUACAUUUGAUGAAUCCGGAGAACUAGUUAAAAGGCUAAUGACAUUGGAAGAAAUUCAGGCAAUAGUAGCAGCUGGAGAGGAAACGGAGGGCCUGGUAACUUUUGCAAAUGACAAUCAGCCUACUAUAGCGUUUAAUUUUACUCAACCCUCACAAACUAAAGUUCAUAGCGUAGUUACCAAUGUACAAAACGUCCUCAAAGCACAAAUGGAAGCUCAAAAAAACAAGCCAAAUAUACAACCGACAUUAGAUACACCUGAUGUGUCAGAUUCUUGGAGUUUGAUAUUGCCUUCAAUUUUUGGAAAUACCGGAGUAGAUAUAGUCCCUGAUAAAACAUCUGGAUCGUUUAUUACACCUGAAACUGAAACAUUCGAAAUAGAUGAUUUGAAUAAUUACAAAAAUUCCCAAAGCAAGGAAAGUAAUGAAAUACCUACUGUUUCAACAUUUCAACAAAAUAAUGAAAUAGACAUGAUUCCAGCCAAGAAAACUGAAAAUUCCUUAUCAACUACUGCUUCCACUUUAAGCAGUACACCAUCCUAUUCUUCAACUUCAGUAAAACUUACCUCAACAACAGAAAAUAAUUAUUUUACUACCACGACUAAAAAACCUGAAAUUAAAUUUACGAACAAAGUAACAACAAGCAAAACUCAUUCAUCUAGUGCAACCUCAACAGAACCUACAAUGUCUUCUACAACAAUAAAGCCUUCAGCAGAUACUUUACAUAAUGCAAUUUCUAUGAAACCCAAUAAAACACGGGAGAAUAUGAGUGAUGAAAAAAAUGUUUACAACAUAACAAACCAAAGCCAAAACACACCAAUAACAACAAAGGAACCUAUUCAAUAUGAAAGAAUAAGCACAUUUUUACCCAGUUCCACAGUGGCCUACAUUACUGAAAAAACAACCAAUAAACCCAUAAUGAGUACACAGAAAUCAACAAACGAUAAAAAUUAUAAUGAUAGUAUAACUACAUCUACAGUUGCAACCAAAAUUACAACUAGCACUACGUCACAUCCUGUAUUAACAAAUAAGGAAAAUGAAAAACUAAAUGUGACCACUGUAACAACUCAAUCAGUUUCUCCAUCUACAACUGUUUCUUCAACCGAAAUUAUAACUACUCAAAAAACUUAUACCAACACCGACACUGGAAAGAAUGACCAAACUAAUGACCAAAUAAAUGAUAAAACUGAAUAUGAUAGAGAUAAUCAGUCAAUAAUACCAAUGUUUGAUGUAGCUCAAAGUAUAAGUCAAAUCGCUUCUGACCUUGGCAAUAAUUAUGUUUCUAUUCCUACCUCAAACAGCUUUGUUGAUACAACCAAUACCAGUAGCUUAGCAAUAGAAAGUAAGGAAAAUAUUGAGAUGGAAAUUCCAACAGAAUCUGGAGAUGGCAAUGAAGUAAAUAUGAACGCUACAAAAAAUGUGGAAAACUUUGUAAAAAUAUCAACCCUUGAUCCUCAGGAACAAACUAAAAAUACAACUUUGGAGACAAUAGAACUGCACAAAGAAGGUCUGAGUAUAACAAGUACUACUUCUUUACCUAUUUCUACAUCUACAGUAAUGAGCCCUACUAGACCUAAUAUAGAUGCAGUUAUAUCGGAAUCGAUGGGUGAUUUACUUUCGCAGGUUGUUCAUGGUAGUCCAGAUCCUAGCUCAUUAAUUUUUUCUCAAAAUAAUACACAAAUUGCUGAAAUUACAACGACUACCCCAACUCCUGCUAGUUUUACAGCAAGUCAAAAAUCUAAAGUUGAUAUAAAAGAAAUAGAUACUGCAGUUACGCCACAGUCAAUCGUCAAUAAUGCAUUUUCAAAAAAGCCUGAAGAUACUACGCAAAAGGUUAAUAACAAGACAAAAAUAGAAAACAAUGAGCUUGUGUCAUCUACUAUCAUAAAAAGUAAUGUCAGUAAAAUAAAAAUUGAAACAAACACUUUGAAAGAAAACACAAAAAACGAGCACCUUAAAAAUAGUAUUCUACCUAGUAAUAUGAAAAACUUAAGCAUGAAUAAUUCAGAGAAAAAAGAAGAGAAGAUUAUUAUUUCAAAUAACCAAGACUUAUCAGAAACUUUAAGUUCGAAUGUGAAAUCGGUAAAUAUGAAUUCAUCGGCUGUAGUUAAUAAUCACCCCUCCAUAAAUAAUAACAAGUCGUCACUUAAUGACAAAGCUGAGGUACAUAAUACCAACAAGUUAUUCGACAAGGUACAUAAACAAAAGAUAAAUGAAGAAGUACCAAAAAUUGAAGAUUUUAAAAAGAAAAUACAAAAAGUAAAUAUAGACGAGAAAGAAUUAGCAAAUGAUAGAAAUAAUUCAUGGAAGUUAAUACCAUCAGUAAAUCCACCAAAACCUAAUGAAAUAGGAAAAGAUAAACACAAGGUAGAAGCGUUUUACACGCCUGAUACUAAUGAAAAUAAGAAUAUUGUCUUAGAGUUUCCCAAAGAAAAUCAAGGCUUGGAAGUUACUACUAGAGAUUUAGGUGAUGAUAUUUUACAAUUCACAGAACUAUGUAAUGAAUUAGCUUUUCGGUAUUGGAAUGUCAUGAUUGAUAAUGUUGAUAAAAAACGAAGUUUAGUGUUUUCACCUUAUUCAAUAACGUCUAUGUUAGCAAUGAUGUUUAUGGGUGCAAAAGGGGCUACAUCUGGUGAAAUGAAUGAAAUUCUAAGACUAGACGACAUGGUUACAUUCAACCCACACUUUACUUUAAAAAAUAUUUCUGAUUCUAUUGAAACAAGUCCAGCUUCGGGAGUAGUUAUAUCUGCAUUUAUAAGAGAGCUCUUUAGUGAAAGGAAUAAAGGGAAAAUGUUGACAUUCUAUAAAGAACGGGCCCAACAUUUUUAUAAUGGGCAUGUCGAAGAGAUUAACUACAAAUUAAUCGGCGAUGUAAUAAGAAGACGAACAAACCUUUUGGUAAAAAGAUAUACGUGGGGAAAAAUUCCUGAAUACUUGAAAACAAACAGCAUAACCAUGAGUCCUCCACUUGCUGCAUUUUCAGCUAAUCUAUUUUAUACGGACUGCACUGGAUCAUCAGUCGAAGGACGAGAUGGCGAAAUGUACUUCGUCGUGUCACCCAACGUCCGCCAGAGACGUCUGGUUCCAGUACCUGCCGUGGUCUAUAAAAGUAAUUUCUUGGCUGGGUAUGAUCCGGUACUUGACGCUACAGCUGCGGCAUUAGGCAACACUAAUUCCGUUGUAAGCACCCUGUUUCUUAUGCCAGGCCAACAAGGAAAUAUCGUUCAUGCGGAUGAUUUAGAAAAACUUGAAAAACGAUUUUUGGAUGCAACAUUAAGCAGCCCAGCCUGGAACGGUUUGUUACGUACGCUGCUUCCUCGUGUUGGUCUUGAACUUCAAAUCCCAAGAUUCUCUCACAAAUCAUUAUUUAACGUUACCUCUACUUUGAAAAAAAUGGGUCUGAAAGAACUGUUUGAUGCAGAUCACGCUGACUUAGGCGGACUGAACGGCCCUUCAAAGGAUCUUUAUUUAUCUGAUAUGUUGCAAUUGACAACUUUUGCUACCUGCGCUGAAAGUGGUAUUGGUGGACAACAUCACGUAGAGGACUAUCCAGAUACUCAAGAUUAUUUGCGCAAACGAAGAACAUCUAGGUGGAUUAUGGGCUGGGACGAGCCUAGAGAUUAUCAACGUGCUUUCCAUGAUCCUCAUGACGUUGGUGAGGCUAUGCAUCUACCAUUGCAUCUUCGGCCGAGACAAGCGCGACUCCCAGCAAGAAGUUCGCAACCAGCGCGAUUAAAAUUCGAUAGGCCCUUCCUCUACUUUGUACGGCACAAUCCAUCAGGCAUGAUACUCUAUGUUGGCCGAUAUAAUCCAAGGCUUUUACCUUGAAGGCUUAAAAAGACUGCUAGUUUAGUUUAAUUUACUUAAUUCCUAAAAGGAAAGUGAUGAGGUAUACUGGCGCGUGUGAUAUAUUAUUAUGUAUGUGAAAGUAAUGUCAUUUUGAAUUUACGUGACAGUAUUACUUGUUAGUUUAUUGGUAUGCAGGUUGUUCAGUCCUUUGUCUUGUGACAGGGUUGAUCGUACCUCUAUACUAAUUUUUAAUGAAAUGUAUGUAGUUAUAAAGGUGGAACCUCACUGCUUUAUGCGCUAUUCGUUAUGCGUCUUAUACGCCUGCAUUCGGCGAAGUAUGUAGGAUUUAAACGUCUAUAUUGGCCUUAUUCUACAUAUAACGCGAAUAGCAAAAACGCCUAUCCUAGAGUUUUUGACAUACAUUAAAGAAGACAAUUGUAAAUGCCAACACUUCGACCACUUAUUCGAUAACUUGCAGCUAUCGAGUUUAGGCAUAUAGUACUGUUACGAUUUGAUAUGAGCUCUGAGUGAAAAUAUUGUAUCGGGCAUGGUUGUUGUUCGCACAUAUAACAUACAUUUUUGCGAAAACGGCGAAGUCACUUUACGAAUAGCACAUAGCGCAAUUUGGCUCCGCUAUAAAAUAAGCGAUUGCAAAUAAAACAAAGUAC